AUGAAAUCUGCAUACCAUGCCUACCGGAGUUGUGGCGGACUCUCCGAACAAAUCUGCUGUCCGACAAAAGUAGCUCAAGGGCUACUUCAUGUCGGAGUCGUGUAUCCAAAUCCCGUGAAUAGUGCCGCUGACUGGAUUGAAGCCCUUCGUGCACACGUUCGAGGACGUAAAUUUUUAUUAAUGGACGCCUUCAAGUUCCCGCAUUUCGAUUGGUAUGUCCACGACUGUUUACCAGGAAGUAGCCUGAUUGAGCAAAUGUUCUUGAACAUGGUGCUCGAAGCGGGUCUGGUUCAGCACAUGCUAAUGCUUACUAGACUGCUCCCCGGCACAUCUCCAGCCUGCCUGGAUCUUAUCUUGACCAAUUCCGAACAACCUGUCUCAUCACACUACACAGGCCAAUUGGAAACGGCGAUCAUUUGA